AUGGCUCGUAGCAUUCGGUAUCUUACCACAGAUAUAAUUUCUCAUUUAUGUUUUGGACACCCGUUCGGCUUCGUCAAAUCACAUACAGAUGUUUAUGGCUUCAUAUACACUCUCGAAUCUCGGUUAUCGAUCGUUGAGAACUUCUCUGUGAUUGUUGAAUUGAACAGAAUGCUUGGGCGGAUUUCAUAUAUCCCGUGUAUCAAACGCUUUCUUCUCCUCCAACCCACCGACACAUAUGGGCUUGGAAAGAUCAUUGGGAUCUCCUGGAGAGUUGUAGAAGAACUGUUUACUCCAAAUACUCCAAUCAAGAAGGAUAUACUUGGCUCAUUCCUCAAGCAUGGCAUCUCUCGGGAGCAAGCUGAGUCGGGGAUCACUAUUUCACUUUUUGCUAGGUCAGAUACAACUUCAAGCUCGCUCCGCGGGACACUACUGCAUGUUGCCACUUUUCCGCGUGUUUAUACGCGUCUGAGAGAAGAAUUGUCCGGUGCAUCUAUGGCUAACGCAAUUUCCACCCCGAUAACUAAUCAAGAAGCCACGACACUUCCAUAUCUUCAAGCAUGUAUCAGAGAAGGGCUACGCAUAUUUUCGCCUAUCACUUUGUUUCGCGAAAGGGUCGUUCAUCAUAAUGGAGAUACAAUUCUGGGCCACUUUGUGCCGGCUAAUACCAACGUUGGUAUCAACAUGACAGGCAUGCUACUCGAUGACGUCUUUGGACUAGAUCCCGAUAUGUUCCAUCCUGAGCGAUGGUUCGAGAAGGAGAUUUCGAAAUUGCGAAAGAUGGAGCAGGUCCAGGACUUAGUAUUUGGCUAUGGCGGCACACGUUGCCUGAAAGUCCGCAUCGCAAAUAUGACGUUGAAUAAAGCAAUCGUCGAGGUCCGGUCCAUUGUUAUCAAAUCCGCUAUUUUACAUAGAAGCUGA